AUGCACGCGAUGCAUGGAGAGAGGCCGCGGUCCAGCUCGACCACGCAAGUACAUGUACUGCCGAGUCCUAACCACUCCGUCGGUGCCGAGACCAUAGGACCGCAGGUACGAUAUCCCAAUCCUGGAUACCUCGGUUCUUCGAGCCAUACUACUCUCUUUGACCAUCUUAGGAGAGAACACGGCGAGCCCGUCACCCCCGGCUCGGACGAAGGUGGUAUCCAGGCCGCGAGUCCCUACUUGAAUCCUUCCAUUGAUAAGAAUCUGGUUGGAGUAGGCGCUCAACUGCUGAAUGACCUCACGUGCCUCCCAAACCUCUGGUCUUACUUUGAACUGGUCCAAGGUUGGGUGGCCAAAGGCGCGAAUCUGGGUCUGGCAGAGCCGCUGACGGGAUUGUGUGUCCGAAACACGAGAGCAGUGUUAUCAACAGUGCUCGACAAGCCAGAGACGGCCGCAAGCAUCUCCAGGCGCCUUUUUGUGCAAUCAUCUCUACCGAUGUCCACAGAUCCUACAUCCACCCUCGAGGACUUUUGCAGUCGCUUCGACGAACCAAGAGCACGGUGGGAGACUAUAGGGCUCUUCUUCACCGCUGCCUGCCGGGCCGCUACCGACUCAGCCUUCGUGGUCGGCGUCUACGAUACUGAACAGGACAGGCAGAACAUGCAAGGGACGGCGAUGCGCUUUUCGGAUCGGUGUCUGGAAGUGUCCCUCUUCUUGGACCGCCUAGGAGACUUUCAGUUGUUUCUACAGUAUGAGAACUUUAUCUGUCAUUCACAGAUAGAUGGCGACCAAAGCUACCGCUCCUGGCGAAAACUGGGCGACGUCGCGAGCUCUCUGUUCGCUCUAGGUUAUCAUCAACAGACGGAUGGGGAAAACUGCCCGCCCUUCCUCAAGCGGUUGCGCCAGGUUGCUUUCGGCAGAUGCUAUUCAGCUGACAGAAAUGUCUCCAUAUUCCUCGGUCGUCCGUCCAGGAUCCAACGCCAGUGUUGUAAGACGCACUUGUUCCUCAAGGAGGAUAUCGGGGGCACCUCCGAGGACUGGCAUAGUCCGGAAAGAUGCAACUUCAUCACAGAUGCCCGAUGGGCUGCCGUCUGUGCCAGUCUCAAAGAGGAUACUGCCAGACUGUCUAGCGAGGCAGACUAUAAUGAGAGAACCCGUCGAGCCAGCAUUAUCCAAGCCGAGGCUGAUUUUCAAUGGAUGAGACUACCACAAUGCUAUCACUCGGAGACCGAACUCGAAUUGGCCAACUGCAAGCCAAUCGAGCGUGAUUUCAUCAUUACGGCUCGGCUCGGCUACCUUCACGUACAGUUUCUACUUCAGAGAACAUUGCUGCAGCAUCCUUCACAGCACGAUGAGCGGCUGUUUAAGAUAUCGACCCAGAUACUCUCCUUGGUCAUUGAUGCUAUCUUGUGUAGGGACCGGCUGGUCAAUUCUGGCUCAUCGCUUGUCUGGAAAGUAGCAUACUUUGGUCUUGCUGCAGCAGGGACUAUUUGCGUCUGCUUGAUUAAUCGAUUUUUCGCAACCAUGCCAUCGUCUGUGGAGAUCAGCGCUACCGUUCAGAAUCUGAGCACGCUCGUGGCGGAGAUUGAGAGGGGUACUCUAGUCAGUUCCCAGCACCCAAACUAUGCUCUCUUGACGAGUGCAACAAAGACCAUCGAUAGUCUCCUCAAGCGACUCAUUGCGUCUUCAGCCACGGGCGUCUCGAUUCAUAACUAUCCCCAAUCUUCUUCAUCAAUCGUGGUCGAUCAGAUCGAAGACCUGGACCCUGGGAUCUGGAACACACAGGAGAAUUUACAAGACUUUGAGAUUGACUUUUGGCUCAAUCUCUCGGAGCAUCCAUUUCUUAGAAAUUGA